GAGAGCAUCUUUCGCUUCGUUCCACAAUCAAUAUGGAAUUUAUCUGUUCAUUUGGCGCGCAAUCAUGCGACCGCCAUUUCUGGGUUCUUGGCUUCGGUCCCAUUAGUGAGCCAGAUUUACCCCAAGCAUAUUCGUAUGAGACCCCUGCGCAAAUCUCGAUCAGAAAUAUCGCAAAUAUCAUCCUAGAGCAUUAGUACACUCAGUGCUAAUUGAUGCUUCACUUCAUUCUUCACUUUAUUUCCGUCUUAGCGGUCGAAUAUUAAUUAUUAUUAGUGAUGACAUCUCUCCGCCACCGUCUAAAAGCCGGCAUCAUGAGGAGAGAUGGCGCUGACUGAGGACCAACUCUUUGCUAUCUCAGUCACUGAGCGCGUCUGCUCAGCCAUCUCCUUGACCAGUGCCUGCGCUGCCAUGUCGACAUACCUAAUAUGUAAAAAGUGUCGGAAACCUAUUAUCAAUCGGUUGAUCUUCUACGCUUUAUUGGGGAAUAUCGUGCUCGAUGUGGCAACUCUCAUUGCACGAUCAGCAAUACCACAGGGGACACAAAGCUCGCUAUGUCAGAUUCAAGCAUUCUUAAUUCAAUGGUUUUUUCCAGCGGAUGCAAUAUGGGCCCUUUGCAUAGCAUGGAACGUUUAUCUAAUAGUCUUGCGCGGGUAUGACUACGACCAGCUGCGGCAGCUAGAGUGGAUAUAUGUUCCGAUCUGCUACUUGCUGCCGUUUAUUCCAGCCUUUACCUUCCUUUUCAUUGAAACAGCGGAAAGGGGGAAGGUUUACGGCCCAGCGGUGAUUGAGUGUUGGAUUUCUACCACGUGGGACAUACUUCGGAUUGCAGCUCUCUACGGUCCUGUUUGGUUUUUCAUCGUCUUAAUAUUCGUCAUAUACAUUCGCGUGGGUCUACUCAUCUAUUCGCGUUUUAAGCAGCUUCUACAGGUCUCGAGUAAUCACUCUGGCAUUGAGGGUCCACAUCAGAUUGAGAGUUUCUCCACAACCGACAGAUACGAGAUGACUGUGGCGGUAUCCCUUCAAUGCGAGGAAAGUAGACUCCAGAGACAAGAGACAGCCGUGGGAUCUUUUACCCUCACCACAACGCGUGAUAGUAUGCACUCAAACCUGGACACUGCUGCUUAUGCGUAUUUAAGAUACGCUUUCCUUUUUUUUAUAGCAUUGCUCGUCACAUGGGUUCCAUCUUCGGCAAACCGCCUAUCUACACUAAUCAAUCCCGACUACGUAAGUUUUGGGCUCCAAUAUACUGCGUCCUUUGUCAUUCCGCUGCAAGGAUUCUGGAAUAGCCUUAUCUUUUUCAAUAUCUCUCGGCGGGAGUGUAAAGCUCUCUUUAUCCACACACGUGACGAUAUUGCAUUAAAAGUGAAAAGGUUAUUCGAUAAUAGUGUUGAAUAGUGGGAGAUCAUGAUGUCCUAGCCUUUUAGCUUAGAUACUUGUUGCCUGAAAGCUUCUUAUAAUUGUAAACAAUAUUACUAGAAGUUAUAGCC